GGCUACUUGGAAAACAAUCUAAACUUCUAUAAUUGAGUUUAGUUCAUAGACGUUCAAAUACAAAGAUUGUCCUCUGUGACCAUAGCGACGUAAACAAACUGUUUAUUAAAACACGUGACGAUUGUCUAGACAAUAACAAUUGCUGUAGGUUACAAUAAGGAGGUUUUGUUACUUCGAUAGUUGCUAGUAUUACACACCCCAAAACCCAACCUGUCGAGUGCGUAUUCUUUUGAAAAUCCCUUCCGGAAGUGAGCGCGUGUUUCGCGUCGCUUGGCGCUGCUCGUGGCGACUCUUCACCGUCAGUGCGUCCACUCAUCACAUAUGAUUCAUUUCAGCUGUGCACCGUGUGCGCGUAGGGAGAGGAGCCCCAUAACAAGCAGCGACCACCGGGACCAGGCUGUUCACGUGCCGCGGUGACCGGACAUUAUUACCGGAGAGCAUCCACGUGACUGGUCCUCUUCCUCCGUUAAUACAACGUUAGGAACGGAACGGAACGGAACGUAAACCCGCCGCGGCCCAUCGUUUCCUUCUAGAAGCGACGCGACGACGUAAGCGACCAGCCGCAGAUCGUUCCUCCGGAGUGUCUCGCCCAGCCGGUCGCCGCCAUGGCCUCCGCCACCUCGACCCCCGCUGCCGGCUCCGGCGGCCGCGCCGGCCGUGCCAGCCGCUCCGCCAGCCGCCGCGUCGCUACCCCCAUGCCGGCCGCAUCCGGCACCAGCCCGAACCGUAUGUACCGCAUCCAGGAGAAGGAUGAGCUCCGGUGCCUCAACGACCGCCUCGCCAACUACAUCCAGCGGGUCCAGGAGCUGGAGAGCGAGCGCUCCUCCAUAAUGUUCCAGCUGGAGGAAAAAGACGAUUCGAAAAGCCGAGAGAUGAGCAACGUCCGGCGGCUGUACGAGGAGGAGCUGGCCGAUGUCCGGAAGUCCCUGGACGGCAUGGCCGGCGAGAGGGCCCGGUUACAGAUCGACUAUGGAAAUCUCUGCGACGAGUACCAGAAACUUCAAAGCAGGAACCAGAAGAAGGAGAGUGAGCUGGCGAACGCGUUGGCCCAGUGGAGGAAAGUUGAAGGGACUCUGAGUGCCAAAGAGGCUGCGUUCACCAAGCUGCUGUCGGACAGCCGGAGGCUCAACGACGACUUCGCUGAGCAGAAAAGCCAGCUGGAAAACGUAGAGGACACACUUGCAGCGACCAAGAACCAGCUGAACUCUGAGAUCCUGAAGAGAGUGGACUUGGAGAACCAGGUGCAGACGCUCCGUGAACAGCUGGGACUGGAGAGGAACAUCAGUGAGCAGGAGAUCCUGGAGAUCCGAAGCCGCCACGAGAGCCGCAUAGUGGAGCUGGACUCGGGGCGGCGGAGGGAGUUUGACAGUAAACUGGCCGAGACGAUGCAGCAACUCCGCCAGGAACACGAGUCCCAGGUGCAGCUCUACAAGGAGGAGAUCGACAGGACCUUCAGCUCAAAGUUGCAGAAUGCCCAGCAGGCGGCGCUGGAGAAGAACUGCGUUGCGUCGGCCAUCAAAGAGGAACUGGAGACCACCAAGCUCAGAGUGGAGAGCCUCAGCUCUCAGCUCCAGCAGUACCAGAAAGAUAAAAUGGUCCUGGAGAGCCGCCACCAGGAGCUGGAGAGGACUCUUGACGGGGAGCGGGAGGUUUGGCAGCAGCGACUCAGUCAGAAGGAGCACGAGCUGCUGACUAUGCGAAGCCAGAUGUUCGCCCAGCUGGAGGACUACGAGAACCUCCUCGACGUCAAGCUCGCGCUGGACAUGGAGAUCAACGCCUACAGGAAGAUGCUGGAGGUGGAGGAGCAGAGGUUGCAGCUGUCGCCGAGCCCUUCCCAGCAUGCCGCCAUAGCCCGGACUCACAAGCACGCAAGCCGCAAGCUCGGAGGCAAGAAGCGGAAACACGACGGAGCGUCCGGAGCGUCGCCCGCCCCCAAAAUGUCGGGCCGGUCGGCGCAGCGCGGCGCCGUGAGCGUGGAGGAGGUCGACGUGGACGGAAAAUACGUCCGACUGAAGAACAACUCUGAGGCGGAGACGCCGCUGGGUGGUUGGGUGGUGCGGAAGCUGUACCCGGACUCUGAGGACCUCUCCUUCCACAUCCCCUCCUCCUGCACCCUAGCUGGUGGGCAGACACUCACAAUCUGGGCUGCAGGUGCAGCGGCGGAGGCUGAUUCUGGGGACCUGGUUCUCCAGGACCACAGAAGCUGGGGCCCUUUCACUCACGUGAAGGUGGUUCUUCUGGACCCAAACCAUACGGAAAUGGCGGAGCACCGGGUGUGCAUCCAGGACGGAGGCCAGGAAGCAGAACUGGAGUUUGAUGAAGAGUAUGUGACGGGCAGUGACGUCCAGCACCUCCGGAGACAGAGGAGGAAGAAGAAGAAGUGUUGUUCUGUCUCUUGAGUGACAGCGUGCUGUAGAGGAUCUGACUAAAGAGGGGAGCUGUGCAGUCAUGUGAUCGCUUCUGAGCGGCUUUGACCUCGGAGAAACAUCUGCUGCUCUCUGGCUCAAAGGAGCUCCACUCCUGUCUCCUUAGGUGAACCGCGUUCCUCACUUGUUUCAUGGCUCCUACGACGCGAGACGUGAGCUUUGCCUUGAUUUUAAAUGUGUGUGAAAUAAAACCGUUAGAAUAAUAAAGUUGUAUUUAUGGGGAA